GCGUCGUCACCCUGGGAACUGCAGUUCUGGCCGGCGCAGGGACGGCGAUAGGUAUCGGCGCUGGGAAGUGGAUCGUGGACCGCAUCAUUGCCAAGAGGAAGGCAGCUAGCGGACAAGGUCCGCGCCCUGAGGCCGACCUGCCCCCCGAGCUUCAGGCGGCGCUCCAGAGCUGGCAGCGCUACCUGGCGGCCGCGGCGCAGGGAUCGCCGAUUACUCCGAGGCAGAUGGCGGACAUUUGGGGCCGCUUUGAAGCCGACGAACCGGUGAAUGCCAGAUAUGUCCAAACAGUGCAAGGCCUCAUGGCAUCAGGGCAG